AUGAAGGUUCGCCAUUUUGAGGUAGCGUGUUGCGCACAAGACACAGGAGUACACAAUUCCUCCCCACCGGCCGGGUCCUGGUGCAGCGGUUUUAACACGGUCGUCAUCUCCUUUGAAUCGUCUACCAGAUCUCGCGGGGAAGCAAGAAUUAAAUUGAAAGUAUAUAAACAAACGGAUGGUUUGGCCAGCGAUAUUGUUGACACUGCAAAGACGAUUACCUACGUCAUCAUUGGUGUUGUGAUUGGGGUUAUUGUUCUCGCUGUUGUCAUCGCGAUCAUCGUUUUCUUCGUGUGUUGCCGCCGUCGACAGAGCCGACCCGGCCAGGUGUACCAGCCAGCGGCAACUACAGCAGCAUCAGCCUAUCCAAUGCAAGCAGGGCAGCAACAACCUUACCCUACAAACAUGCAGACCGGGUACCAGGUUCCUCCACCUGGUGGGUAUCCUCCAGCGCAGUACGGUAACCAACCCAUGCCUGGUUACCCGCCACAGCAGCAGUUUGCACCCCAACAACAGUACCCCGGUGGCUACCCGCCCGCACAACAGGGGUACGCCGAGAACCAGCAAACCAAGCCGUUCAUCGACCCCUCCGCUCCACCCCCGCCUUACACUAACUGAUUCUGGGGCCAAGAUGGCCUUACACUUAGGGAAAGUGAGGAGUGAUGAAGCUGUGAUGAGGAUCAGGAUCCUUCCAUUCCAUUCAGGACUCUUGUUGGAGGUCUCACAUGUGUACAUGCAUUAUCUAUACUCGCAUACAGAUAUAGAAACGUGUUUUUACUGUCUCGUUUGGUGUUAAUUUUGCCUAAAAGAAGUUGAUCGUUAUAACAGUUGUGGUUUUGUAUGUUGAAUUUUAUAUCUAACCCAUUUUGUAAACAGUGGAAUCACGAGCUAAUAUAAGCGCAAGGUUACGUUAAUGCACCAGUCAAUUGUAACCACGGCCCACCCAGGUCCGGGGGUAUACCAGGGAAAUGGGCCGUGUUUUUACCUACCAGAGUGCCGGGUGACUGCGGUGGUUUUGUCUUCACGCCAAAUAUAGCAGGAAAUUGGCAUUAUCCAGGGUCCCAUGGAUGCGGGGGCAUUUGGCGGGGGUUUUACCAGCAGAUCGUCCCCACAGGGCGGAGAUUUUGCCUAGGCUUGGCUGGACCGAAUGCCAAAGUCCCCUCUAUUCUCCGGACCUGGGGACGCCGUGGUUACAAAUGACUGGUGCAUUACGCCACUGACUUAAUCUUAAUGUCGAUUUACAAGUGUCUUAAACUUUGUCCGCGAUUUUUAAAUAUUUUGAAAGCUCAUCUUGAGUAAUGAUCUGACAUAACUAAAUCAACCUGAGAUUGUUUAUAAUAUAAUAGCAUAUUCUUUUUAUGCGUGCAGUUAAUUGAACAAAACAUUUUGUUUACAACACAGAUUACAUUUGGAACACUUUUUUGAGAGUAUUUUAGCUAGUCUGUUCAAGUCAUAUUCUAUGUGUCGUUGUCGGCUCCGAGUUAUGCCCCUUUACAGCAACAAGCAAACGAACGUUUAAGUUCGCUUCGCAUUUUUAUUUGACAUUACUUUCAAGCAUAAGGAGUCUUGGUUAACAAAGAUUUACUGAGCGGAAAUGUGUACGGAAACUCACUCCUAACUUAAAUGGCGGUUUCAAGAAAGUGUGGUUGUGCGAAUGUAAGAAUGUGCGGUGUAAGUAUGUAAGAAAGUGCGGUGUAAAGAUGUGCUGUGUAAAAUGUGCGGUGUUUAAUUAACAUUGCCUGUCACAAUCAGUUUUAUUAUUGUGCUUUUAAACUCAAUGCAAAGGGUUCAUGUUGAAAUAUCUUCUAACACAUUUCUUCAGUUUGUAUUAUAUCAUUGUACUUUUAGCUCCUCCUUGCAUAGUGUUUUAGACUGGUGUCGCUGUCUUCAGAGCAGUGGAUUUGUGAAAGAUUGAUAUUGAUCCUUUACGCAACAACCGUACAAGUAUUCCGUCGGUUCACAUGUUGUCUAGGAUUAUAGGCACUUUUCCAGCAUUGUCAAUAACACUCUUUCUUUAAUUAUUGUUAAGUUUUGCCCCUUGCUGGUUUGGAAAAGUCAUGUCAAAGAGUACGUGAUUAACACUCAUAUUUUCACAUGGAACUUUUUCACUUCUUAGUGACAAACUGCGCGUGUGUAGCAAGGUCCAUAACUCUGGUGUUAAUCAUUGUCUUAAAAUCAUGCCUUUUUAUAAAGCGAAAGCUAUAACUUGGCCGGAAUUGUUAAAAAUAAUUACAUGGAACGUGGAGUACACAUUACCAACGUCGUUGUUCACAUGUGUAGUAUUAUUGUCGAGUUAUGCCCCUUAAUCGACCGACACAUUCAAGUGAUGGUUUUUUUAUUUUGAUGAGCUCGCUUUAUUUUGUAAAUACAUUUUAAUUACAAAUAUCAAACCAUCCGCAUUUACAUGGUGAAUUCCUAAAUACAUAAACAAUGGCAUUUAUUAUAGUGUAGAACAUACGUUUGAAGUUUUUCAUUUAUUUCCAUAAAACGAUUGUAAUAAAUAACAAUUUAAUAUUUUUUUAGUGUUAUUUUAUAUAUUGUGUGUCUUUCGUUUAGUAUAUGUAUGUUCAUCCUUACCGCCCACAUCCUUUGCAACAUUUGUUUGUACCUGAAACUCUUCCUGAUUGUGUGACUCUGAUGCGAAAACAAUGCAUUUUUAGAUAUCUUACAAAAUAUUAGUCCCUACAACUAGGUUAGCUUAUCUCUAUAAAACUCUACUCGAUGUAAGAAAAACUGUAUGCUUAUUAUUAAACGUUUAAACGAUA